UUGACUUGCACAAAGUACCUACACGCCAACCCGGGUCUCGCCGGCAGUUUGUCUUCUGGACAAGUUCAAUUGUUUUUGUUUAGGGUAAUACUUCAAGCAAACUGAGAUCUCUGUCACGAUAUUCUUGCAAGGGUAGUGCCGUUCGUCGCAUCCCCACGCCAGAUUCACACAACAGGGUGAUAUUCCCUACUGACUGGACGACACAGGUUUGGAUGUACUGAGGGUACCGACAGGUGUGUGUUGGUCCUUGUCAUGCGUUUCACCCUGAAGGUACCACUAAGUUUGCUAUUUGUGUUUGGACUGUGUGUAUUUUUGGCUCUAAUAUCGUCAAAACAUUCUACCACACGGUCAAAAACAUUUGUGCAGGACUUACUUGAAGACGGGGAGGUACACUGUGAAGGGACAGAGACUGGACAGAGCACUCCCCAGAGUACAACGCGAGGUGGCCCCCCAAACCCCCUCAUUGCCAACUAUGGCCACAAUGACAUGUCUCAGACAGGGGAGAAUGGGCGCGGUGUUGUCUUUGUUGGCGAGGAGCAGGAAGCAGCGGAGAAGUCUCUGUCUGAGUACCGGGUGAACAUCCUGGCCAGCGACCUGACCCCACUCAACAGGAGGGUGCCAGACUCCCGCCCCCAAAGCUGCCGCAACUUGACGUAUCCUGUAGACGGUCUACCCACAACCACCGUCAUCGUGCCUUUCUAUGACGAGUGGCCGUCACUGCUGUUGAGGACAGUCUACAGUAUCAUCAACAGAACGCCGACGUCCCUGCUCAAGGAAGUCAUCCUUGUUGAUGAUGCUAGCACUAUGGAGAGUUUAAAGUCGCAACUGGAUGAAUAUGUCUCUGAGCACUUUCCGAAGUAUCUGGUUAGAAUACUGCGUGUGCGGGAGCGUAGAGGACUGAUUCAGUCCCGACUGGCGGGAUGGAGAGCAGCCAGGGGCGAGGUCCUCGUCUUCCUGGACAGUCACAUGGAGAUGAACGUGCAGUGGCUGGAGCCGUUGUUGAUGGAGAUUCGGAAGAACAAGAGGACGCUGGCGAUGGGCGUCCUUGACUACAUCGAUGCGACUACGCUCAAGUACAGCAUCAGGCCAGAUUACGUAAUCAAAUACGGAUUUAACUGGAAGCUUACAUUCUUCGAAUACUUUUUCCGACAUGAAGAAAUCGGACCCCAGUUCCAUUCUACGAGAAGGGGCGCUACAAUGGUAGGGGCAGCGUUUGCGGUAGACAAGCAGUACUUUGCAGACAUCGGAUCCUAUGAUGAAGGAAUGAAGAUCUGGGGUGGGGAGAAUCUUGAGCUGUCAUGGAGGGUGUGGCUGUGUGGGGGUCAGCUGGUCCAUGUCCCGUGUUCACACCAGGGGCAUAUCGCCCGACCCCAGCCCUACUCCUUCCCUGGGGGUAGACGUCAAGUAGAAGUGUACAACUACAAGCGUGCUGUCGACGUUUGGAUGGGAUCCCUAAAGAAAUAUGUGUACCAGAACUAUCCCGAAAUGGCAGAACUAGACGUUGGCAGUAUUUCAGGUCGACUACAACUAAAGGAACAACUAAAAUGUAAGGACUUCUCCUGGUACAUACAGAAUGUCUGGCCGGAGCUGCUGAUGUACGACGUCGGCGUUGUUGCCUGGGGGUCGGCCCGGAAUCAGUACACCAACACAUGCUUAGACAACAAUGGUGCCCUGUAUCCUGGGAAUCUCUACAUGUAUGAGUGCCACUACUACCUGGACACACAGGGGUUUUCGGUGAGCACGGAGGGCUACCUGCGCACCUCCCUGGCGUCUGUUGUGUUUGAUGGUGAAAAUGCUGAAGAGAAACCUACCCUGCAGUCCUAUGGUGUAGGGACGCCGAGCACAUGGACACACACGCCGAACUCUUGGCUGGUUCACGAUCGGACGAAGCCUCGACGUCGGGAAGCAGGGACCUGUCAUGUCGCAGUGUCGGCGAGGACGAGCGUCUCAGAUGUGGACGUUCAAUCAUUAUAAGACAGACACAGAGGCAGUGUCAUAGUCUUCUGCAGUGGUUUUGUGUGACAAAGCAAGAUGCAUAAUUCACGCGGUGAUGGCAGGGAGAGAGUAGUUCAGCCGCACGUCAUAUUUGUCACAAUUCAGCGUCUUCGUGGCGAGUUGUUGAAUGCCCAUGUUUCAAUGUAAUGCCGGAUGUCUAUGAACUAUUAGCUUGGCAAUCCAUGUUGUUUCAAAUAUUUGUUUAAAGUGAAAUAAAGUGAU